AUGUGGUAUUUAUUUAGUCCUGAGAUAUGUGAGAACAAACCGUACAACAAUAAAUCUGAUAUCUGGGCUCUAGUUCCUAACAGGUACAGUUACGAUUUAAGGAAUCUGAUCGGCGCGCUACUAAAGAGAGAACCUAAGGAGAGACCUUCUCUUCAAUCAAUUCUCAGGAAAGGAUUUGUUGAGAGGAGUUUAAUUAAAGAUAAUCUGGGGAAGGAAACUCCAGGGUUAAAGAAGGGAGAAAGCAGAGAACGCUUGUUAAAGAGAAAUCUUUCCAAAAGAUUGAGGAACAUUAUUUGGAUGAGCAUAAGAAAAUCAGGGCAGACAACUUGAAGAAGCGAAGGGAACUAAAAGAUAGAAAACAAGAAAAUGG